GCCCUCAAUCAAGAUGGCGGAACAGGAACGAAGAGAGGAGAGUCAAUCUUCUCCCGUGGAAAACAGCGAAAACCCGGCGGUAAACGGGGACAACAGUGGUACAGACGAGCCACAGGAAGAACAGGAUCAUUGUAAGACAGGAUGGCUGACGAAGAGGACGAGACUUACGCAUAAAUGGAAACGGCAGUGGUUUUGCCUGAAGAAAACACAAUUAUAUUACGGAGAAACGGAAAACAAUUCACACAAGUUCAUCUCUUUGGAUGGUACAGAGAUAUCUGAAGCUCACAUAGACAAAAAACCAUUUGUGUUCCAACUUAAACCAAAAGACAGUAGUAGAAUUCACUAUAUACAUGCCGACAGUGAAGCCGACCAACAGGAGUGGAUGCAGGCCAUCUGUUUUGCUAAAGCUAGCAGUCACCAUGGAGACCAGUCACAAGCUUGUCUUAUUCAAUGAGCAGAAUAGAUAAUUGGAAAAGUUAUUUUGAAUGACAAUUUGGGCAAUAAUGUAAAUAUCUACUGAUCUAUAUAUUUUUUAUCAUUGUAUAUUUGUGAUGUAUGUCUCUACGCUGCAGUUGUGAUGUGUGCCCAAGACAUACAGCACAGGGAAUUGUAUGAAUGUAUGGAGGUGUUAGUUGGCACCGCAAAGGAGCUACGAUGCAAGGGCAAAACUAUUUUAUAAACAAGUUAAAAUAAAUAAUUUUAUAUUCA